GUGUUUCCACAAACCUGGUAGACUUCUUCGCCACAUUCAAUGGGAUAUAUUCCAACUGUAAACAAAGGGCACAGAAACUGGAUGAAUUUGAUUUGGUGCAAGUGAAGGCAAUACCAAUAGAGCUACCUAACCUUAGUGAGGAACCGUUUUUGUAUUUCGAACAAGCAACCAAUGGAUGGGUAAAGAUUUUGACACUCUUCUCAGUGAUUGAAGAUGAUGAUGGAGUUACAUUCUUAUUGCCACACAACUUCACUGACAGCUCCGAAUUCAAAUUCAAUGAGUACACAAUUACGUCUCUUUCAUCUUUGAAACCUGAUGAUAUUAAAGUGAAUGAAACCUGCAAAGCAGCAAUCGAACCACUCGACAAUGGCUACUACCUAAUUAAUUGGCCGGACUGCAGUCGCAAAAUUGAAGGGCGCCACCCAACCUAUUCCGUUGUUAUCACUUGUGAAUUCUGUGAUGUCAUUAUGCCGGCUGGAGGCCCCAUUCAGCCAGCCGCUGCUCCUUACAAGCUUAGACGUUAUGGAAACAGAUAUCCGAUUCCCGGUGCUCCCGGUGAUUACGUUAGCCCUUGCAGGAGACGAUGA